AUGGGAAAUUUGCUACGUGAUGAUGUGCAUGUAAAGAGCAAUCUUGGUGGUGGUGGUGGUAAUGGUGGUAAUGGUGUUGCUUUGAAAAUACACGAGGAAACUUGCGAGGAGAGAAGAAGGAGGUUUUUGCUCGAAGUCGAUGCAAAACAUGCUUAUGCAAACGAUAAAGAUGAUGCAACCAAACGAUUUCAGUAUUUACUUGGUUUGAGCUCAAUCUUUCGGAAAUUCAUAGAUUUGAACUCGUCAAGAGAUCCUGAAUUCAAGAAAAGAGUAAGAGAGAUUGACAACAAAAGGUUUUUCCAAGAAACAGCAAGGAAAAAAAAAAGGAGUAAUUUUCGUCGAAGAAAAACUGAAAAGGAAGAAGAUGCUGAGUUAUUACAAGAUGAGGUGAAUGAAGAUGACGAAGAACACCAACAUACCGUUUUAACCGAAUCCCCAUCUUUUGUGCAGGAAGGAAAAUUGAGAGAAUACCAAAUUGAAGGCUUGAAUUGGCUUAUUUCACUUUAUGAAAAUAGACUAAGUGGAAUAUUAGCUGAUGAAAUGGGGUUGGGAAAAACUUUACAGACAAUUUCAUUUUUGGGCUAUUUGAGGUACAUCAAGCAUAUUGAUGGACCCUUCAUUAUAAUUGUCCCAAAAUCAACUUUGGACAAUUGGAGAAGAGAAUUUGCUAAAUGGACUCCCGAAGUAAAUGUGGUUAUACUACAAGGUGACAAAGAUCAAAGAAACGAAAUAAUAAAGAACCGAUUGUAUACGGCUAAAUUUGAUGUUUUGAUCACAUCAUUUGAAAUGGUUUUAAGAGAAAAGAGCGCUUUAAAGAAAUUUAAAUGGGAGUAUAUUGUUGUGGAUGAAGCACACAGAAUCAAGAACGAACAAAGCUCGUUAUCCCAAAUCAUUCGUUUAUUCUAUUCAAGAAAUAGAUUACUAAUUACAGGGACCCCCUUGCAAAAUAACCUACAUGAACUUUGGGCCUUGUUGAAUUUUUUAUUACCGGAUGUAUUUGGCGAUUCUGAUCAAUUUGAUGAAACUUUUGACCAACAACAAAAUGGCCAUAGCAAUAGCAAUAGCAGCAGUAGCAGUAGCAGCAGCAGCAGUAGCACUACUGAAACUAUGGAUGAAAAAUCCAAAUUUAAAGUACAGGACAAGAUCAUACAAGAGUUACACCAGCUUUUAAGUCCUUUUUUACUCCGAAGAGUCAAAUCUGAUGUAGAAAAAUCCUUAUUGCCCAAAAUCGAAUCUAACGUAUACAUAGGAAUGUCUAGCAUGCAAUUAGAAUGGUACAAAAAAUUACUCGAAAAGGAUAUUGAUGCAGUUAAUGGUGUUGUUGGCAAAAGAGAAGGUAAAACUAGACUUUUGAAUAUUGUGAUGCAAUUGAGAAAAUGUUGUAAUCAUCCAUAUUUGUUUGAUGGUGCCGAACCAGGACCACCGUAUACUACUGACGAGCACCUUGUUUACAAUUCGGGAAAGAUGAUAAUUUUGGACAAGAUGUUGAAGAAAUUUCAAAAGGAGAAAAGUCGAGUGCUUAUAUUUUCCCAAAUGUCCAGAGUAUUGGAUAUUCUUGAAGACUACUGUUACCUCAGAGAUUACGAGUAUUGCCGUAUUGAUGGAUCAACGUCUCACGAAGAUCGUAUUGAAGCUAUUGAUGAGUACAAUGCACCCGAUUCCAAUAAAUUUAUUUUCUUACUUACCACCAGAGCCGGUGGUCUCGGUAUCAAUUUGACAUCGGCGGAUAUUGUCAUUUUAUAUGACUCGGACUGGAACCCACAAGCGGACUUACAAGCAAUGGAUCGAGCUCAUAGAAUUGGACAGCAAAAACAAGUUAAGGUAUACAGAUUUGUUACUGAAAAUGCAAUUGAAGAGAAGGUUCUUGAGCGAGCGGCACAAAAACUUAGGUUGGACCAAUUGGUUAUUCAACAAGGUCGACAAUCUAAUUCUAGUAAUAAUAACAAUGGCGUGGGAAAUUCAAAAGAUGAUUUGAUUGAAAUGAUUCAACAUGGAGCUCAGAAAGUUUUUGAAGGAGGUAACCAAACGGUUGACAUGGAUGAUGAUAUAGAAAAGAUUUUGGAAAAAGGUUUUGUAAAGACGAAAACAAUGAAUGAAAAGUUUAAUAAAUUGGGAUUGGAAGAUUUACAAAAUUUCACAUCUGAUGCAUCUGCUUAUCAAUGGAAUGGUAAGAAUUUCGCCAAAAAGGAAAAUAAUGGUUUAGGAUUUAGUUGGAUUAACCCUUCAAAAAGAAUUAGAAAAGAACAAACGUAUUCAGUGGACAAUUAUUAUAAGGACGUUUUAAAAGCACCACCGCCAGCAGUCAAGGAGAAAGCCGUUAGGCAAGUGUUUAUCAAGCCAAAAGCACCCAAGGUUUACACGGCACAAGAUCAUCAGUUUUUCCCACCUGGUUUAGCACAGCUACUUGAGAGAGAGCAACUAGCUUAUAAAAAGGAGAUCAAUUUUCAAUACUCUCUUGAAGAUUUUGGAGAUUCAGACGAGGAGUUUCUUGUUGAUGAAGACAAGGACGAAUUAACUCGAGAGCAAAAGAGACGUAAGGAGCAAGACAAAAUCAACAACGUUGAACCGUUAACUGAAGAGGAGAUUGCACUCAAAAACGAAUUAUUAGAAAAAUCGUUUUCCAAUUGGUCUAGGCGAGAUUUUACAAACUUUAUCCACGCUUCGGCCAAAUAUGGUCGUCACGAAUAUGGGAAAAUCUCUAAAGCACUAGGUCGAAACAGUGCAGGCAAAUUGAAUAAAUCGAAAAGAGAAACCGAGAGGUAUGCAAAGACAUUCUGGCAACAGUAUAAAUUAAUAGACGGAUAUGAAAAAUAUAUCAAUCAAAUAGAGACAAUGGAAAAGAAACGGGAGAAACUACAAAUACAUCAAAACUUGCUUGCUUCAAAAAUCGAAAAUUUGCAAGAUCCAAUGGAAGACCUUGUUAUUGUUUACCCACCGAACAAUUCGAAAAGAGUUUAUUCAAAACAAGAAGAUAAGUUCCUUUUAAACUGUGUUUACAAAUUCGGUAUAUUUGACGAAAAAUUAAAUUAUCGUAUAAAGCAAGAAAUUGAGGAUUCUGACCUUUUUAAAUUUGACUGGUUUAUUCAGUCAAGAACCCCACAAGAAUUGGGGAGACGUAUCAAUACACUUUUAUUGGCCAUUUCAAGAGAAGCUGAUGGAACAUUGAAUAAGAAACGAUUAACGUAUUCUGUUGGUGGAUCAAACGGUAGUUCUAGAAUUGGAUCUGUGGAACCGUCGUCGCUGAUAGGAAGCAGCGCCGAAAAACGAACACCUUCAGAGUUGUUGACUGAAAGUCAAACAAAGAAGGUGAAACAUUGA